AUGGAUUCUAAAAAUCAAAACGACCAAGUGUCAUUAGUAAGAAUAAAGGAGAAUCUUCUUAAAGCACAAUAAUGCAAAUUGUCUCAGAAAGAAGCAUAAGAAACUAUUGAUCUUCUUCUUUAAGAUUAGAAACUUGUAUUAGAUAGUGGAAUAACACCUAAUUAACUUCCAAAUCUUAUUGAAUACAAUCCAGAUCUAUCAAGUUUUCUAUUAGUUCUUAUCAAUUAAUGUGGAAUCAGUAUCCAUGAAUAUUUUGAAUGCUUGAUUAAAAUGAAGAUUUCACUUCAGAGUUUUGAAGUUGUCAACAAACUUUCAAAUUCCAUUAAAUUACCUGAAGCCUUCCUCCAUAUUUACUUGACCAAAUGUAUUCAACAUUGUGAAGAAUUGCAAGUAUAAACUAUUAUAAACAGCAGCCUAAGUAAUAGAUGGUAUCCAGAUAUGUGAGAUUUGUAGCUGUAUUCAUCAAAACACUGAUCAAAUCAAAAAUUUUAGAUCCAAAAAGAAUGUUUACUGAAAUACAAGGAUUCUGCAUCGAGUACUCAAAGAUACCUGAAGCUUCACUGCUAUUAAAACAACUUUAAAAGACAGGAGUAGAAGAAUAAUAACAUCAGUGA